CUGUUUGCAUAGAUAUCUGACUUUCCCGAACAAAUCGAAUGGUCAUAGAAAUGCUCAAACAUGCUCGUCCAUUCAGAUACACAUUUCCGAGUGCGCAGAGGGCGGUUCGGGGAUGAGGAUUUUUUUUUUUUGGUUCGGGAAUGAGGAGAAAAGGAGGCAGUCACACGGCUCACGCAACUAAGCACGUGCAGGGGGAGGAAUUAAAUAUUUUUUAGUUAAAAUGUUGCACUUGAAGCUUUUGCUUUUCUGACAUGACACAAAAUUGAGAGCCGUUAUGUGUUUUAUCAAUCCUCCAUUAUGCACAGAUGUCAGAUGACUGACGAGAUCAUUAUUACAUUUAAAGCAGUGGUCCCCGACCCCCGGGGUCAUUUGUUACCGGGGCGCACAGAAAGAACAAUUAAUCUCCAUCAUCUUAUUUUUUUGAAAAUGUUUUAUUUUGAAAAGUUACCGGAUUUUCUCAUUUACAUCCUCACUUGACCCACGUCAAGGCCGCAACACGUCACAUGAUACAUCCCGCUAAAUUUAAUCUCAAGAUAGCAAAAUGAGCAAAAAACAAACUUCUUUAGAAAGUUUGCAUUGUGUUGGGGUAGAAACGAUGCUGGUCAUGUUAUGUUCAGCUGUUGUUGUGACGUCAUGAGGACCCAGCUAAUAAAGUUGUACAUGAUAACACAGUGGAUUAUCGUUUAU